AUCAUUACUUGAUUAUUCAAGUUUUUGCGGCGCGACAUACUUAUCUCCCUGCUGCAUGUGGCCAACGAAAAGACCUGCCCUUUUAUAGGAGUAACAUAAAGUGUCUAGUGGUCUUGCAGAUUAACUAUUCAUCAUGCCUAUCCAUUAUCAUGAUCGCCUUCACAGAAGGCAAGGGAACAGCGACUUGGACGACUUCAUCCAUGGUGCGGAGAGCAUUGCCAACGAUUCUAACCGGUUCAAGCAGACGCCUACUGUUCAGGUAAGGGCUGCUGAAGCAUCGACAGUUAUCAUGACUGUAUACCAGACUUUGCCAAAAACAUUUGACGGUCCAGUUGGAGGAUAUAGGACUCUGGGACAAGAUGAGGAUGCUUCCGAAACGAAACCUACCGUGACGCCAAUCCCGGUUGUGCAGGCGAAGCCGACUGCCUCGCAAGAAAAUGAGCAGACCACGCAAUUGGCAUCGAUCGCUAAGGCAGAGACCACGCCCUCGGCUACGAAGGACAAUACAAAGGAAGCUACAAAGGAUUCUGAGAAGUCGGCUACCGAGGUCUUACCCGCGUCAAUUACGCAUACUUCCGUCGAUAUCAGUAAUGAAUCAGCACUAGCUCUUGCUACUAGCACUCCUACGACACUGCUGACGAAAGCCACUAAGAAUGCCGAAUCGUCCCAAAUUGCCGGUGUGACAGACGCAGCAGCCAACGCAGCAGCAACUACCUCUCCGACAUCUACGUCUACCGCGGACUCUUCUGUCCCCGACACUAGCGGCGCAGCGAAAGCGGGUAUCGCGAUUGGAGUACUUGGUGGUGUAUUAGUCGUUGGUUUACUCAUCUGGUUUUUGUUUGCCAGGCGCCGAAAGCAGCUUGACCAACAGGAAAUCGAAAAUGAGAAGGCCGAUACCAGCAAUCGUCGUGUGUCAAUUCUCUCGACCCAGACCAGUGCUACCGCACCCCAGCUAAGUCUACGGCCCGUAACAACCGAAAUUAUGCCCACUUUUAGUGAACGACGAUCAAGCAAAGGAGCCGCUCUCGCACUUGCAAUGGGCGGAGCUGCCGUGAAACCUGGAAAUGCCAAUCAAUCUCUUUGGGAACGACCUGGUUCGAGUAACACUAAUAGCCCCGAGAAUCCCUUUGGAAACAACGCGGAACGUGCCUACACACCUACUGAGCAGCAACCCAAUCCGUUUGACAACCCGGAGAAUAUUGUCGGCGUCGCUAAGACCACGGAUUCUCCCCCGGGAUCUUCGCCGGCUGCCAGCGCUGCCACUCUAAGCGUAGUCACCGCCGCAGGUACCUCUUUGACUCGAAAGGCAUCUACUAGAAAGGAGGCUCCCGCACCUCUGGACCUUACGAUGUCUGCCGGACCGCCUAGUCCAGCUGAGACUGAAUUCAGCAUCCAUUCCGUUGCUCCUGGUCAAUCCCCUGGUCCUUCCCGAAGCGCAGCAGCUAUCGCAGCAGCUGGUGGUCCUUCGGCCACGGCUGUUCAUCGUGUUCAGCUAGAUUUCAAGCCAACGUUGGAGGAUGAGAUGGAAUUGAGAGCUGGUCAGCUCGUUAGACUUUUGCAUGAAUAUGACGAUGGCUGGUCUCUUUGCAUCCGACUCGACCGUUCACAGCAGGGUGUUGUCCCCAGAACCUGCUUGUCCACUCGACCCGUGAAGCCCCGCCCCGCUGGUGGGCCUCCUGGCAGUCGUUCCGGUCCACCAGUCAUUCCCAGUCCACGUGGCCCACGCGGUCCUGGCCCGAACUACCCUCCUGGACGCGGACCCAUGACGCCUGGCAGCCGCCCACAGUCACCUAUGUAUCCCAUGGCAGGCCGCCCGCAAUCUCCCGCCUCUGUGCGACCUCAAUCCCCUGCCAAUGGCCGGAUGAGUCCGGGUCCUCAGUCACCGGGACCGAGACAGCAGCGACGAAUGACCCCACCAGGACCUAGCCCGAUGAACCCCAACGGUGGUGCUCCUCAGCAGCAAUAUCAGGGUCCUCCCCAGGCACCCGUGGGCAGGAAGCCCGUUCCGGGUCAAGCAUAUUAAGGUGUAGUGGAUUUUGCACCAAAUAAAUGAUUUAAAAUAGGGACAAGUAGUCACCAUGGCCUUGAUUUUACUGUUCACUUGGACCAUAUAUGGGGGUACUUCUCUCAGACCAUGGUUCAUCAGUUGCCUCCAACUAUAGAUCCUCUCGACUUUGACGAACCUUAAUGAAUUUGGGAAUGAUUUAAUCUUCUCGACACUCGCUUGCGAUUCUUUACUUUAUACAUCUCGAACCUCGGUGUUUUUUUCUGCAAUUUUUCUUAGUUUCACUUCUCACUGCUCCUUGUUCCUUUCGUCGUUUUCCGUCGAAAAAAGUUACAGCACUGACCCCGAUGGAGCGGUACUCCAGUUUCACCUGGACGGAGUUACUGCAUAUUACUCAGAUCGGGUUAAUCUGGUAAUUUCUUGUCAAUAAUUUCUAGUUUUUGGGACGAAGUUCAUUCUCCCAAUCAGCACUGAUUCUGCGAAAGGUCGUCAUUUGUCGGCCUUUCGGAGUGCCUUUUGCUAUUGCGGCCACAAGAU